AAGAAGAAAUGCAAUAAGCAUGUUAGGGAAUUAUGUAUACAAAGGCCAGUGUUGGGUGUUUCUUAUUGGAUUGCUGUUCAUCAACAAUGCAAUGGUAUCACAUGUGGGGGCUACAGCUGAUUCUGAAUACUAUACAGCGGGUGUUGUAGAAUUUCGUCCCUCUAUCUCAGGCAUGACAUCAGCUGAAUUGUUGGCCGACCAUUUAAAGGCCUAUUUACAAAUAAUGGAAUCUACAGAAGCUCAAGACACUGACAUUUUAGUUUUCCCAGAGGGAACUCUUAACAAUCCCUUCCAUUUGACUUAUGUGCCUUCAGAAAAAGACCAGAUCGUGCCUUGUCUUGUCAAUGGCACUGAUACACCGUACAGCGAUUUCUUUGUCACAUUGUCAUGUGCUGCUCGCAGGGUACAAAAAUAUUUGGUGAUAAACUUGACCGAGAAGGAAAAUUGUACAACUGUUCCCUUGGAUCACAGACCCUGUGCUUCUAAUGGCCUUAAUAUCUACAAUACCAAUGUGGUGUUUGAUCGUGAUGGCAAAGUGGUAUCGCGUUAUCGCAAGGUCAAUGUCUAUGUGGAGAAUAAAAACACCACUCUAGAGCCGGAAUAUGCAAUUUUCGAUACUGACUUUGGAGUGCGUUUUGGUCAUUUCAUAUGCUUUGAUAUUCUAUUCUACACCCCAGCGGAGGAGCUGGUAACGCGUUUUGGUGUCAAAGAUUUUAUAUUCACCAGUUUAUUUUACUCGGAAUUGCCAUUUUUAACAGCAACUCAACUACAACAGGGAUGGGCUUGGGGCAAUAAUGUGAGCCUCUUGGCAGCUGGAGCUAGUUUCCCACAAAGUGGCAUUACAGGAACCGGAAUUUAUGUGGGAGACAGUGGUUCGCCAAUAUCAGUUAUGGUCAAGGAUGGCAUAGGCGAAAGAAGGCUAUACAAAGCUCAAGUUCCCAAAAAUGGAAGAAAAGCUAUCAAGCCACAAAAUUUGGAAAAAGUGGAAAAUUUCGCCAAAAAUCGAAACCUAAGUGGUCUUAGGCUCAUGAGGGAUCCUCAAAUCGAGAAUUACAAUUCCAUUUUGUUGGAUUUGAAAAAUUUAGACAAUUAUCACCAAGAAUUAUGUCAAGGCGAUUUGUGCUGCUCUUUCCAUAUCAAUGGAGACCUGCUUUCCGAUAAUACCAACGAAACCUAUAGAUAUCGUUUGGGGGUAUAUGAUGGCAGACGCUCCUAUGAAAAAGAGCAAUAUAGUGACAUUAAAGUAUGUGGCAUUUAUACAUGUGCUGGGGAGGAUAUACAAAGUUGUGGCGUAGCCAAGGAGGUGUUUCAACCGUCUUUUCUUUUCAAAAAUAUUCAUAUAAAGGGAAACUUUGCCAAGAACCAGCAGCUGUUAAUAACCCCUAGCACCAUAGAUGAUGAUUUGAAACCCUUGAACAAGGAAUAUGUGCAAUGGAGUUGUAAGAAUGAAGACUCCUCUUUUGAAGUGGAAAUGGAUUUAGCUAAGCCCCACAAUUCCAUAAUGACUUUUGCCAUCUAUGGCCAUUAUUAUGAAAAGUCAGCAGCCUCCAACUUGAAGGCAAUUUGCCAUAGUCUGGGCAUAUCUAUUUUGUCAUAUAUUUUAUUGACAUCUUUUCACAAAAUCUUAAUGAAACCUUUUUUUGUUAUUUUCCAUAAUCUAUCCGACUGUGCCUCACAACAAAAGCCAUGUCAGGCAGGUGGUACAUGUGUAUGUAUGCUGGUGCUUUGUGUAAAUAAUCAGCAGAGAAUACAAUGCAGGCCAAGUAAGAGUACAACAAACCUUACACACCACCUCCCACCACCCACAAUCGAACACCAUAUUCAUGUCAAACAAACAAACCCCCGACCCAAACCUCCGCCUACCACAAUACAAAAUUCAUUCAUUUCAACUGUUGCUCCACUUGUUAGCAUUUUUAAGCAACACUCGCCCGCUUGCACACAAAAUACGAACCAAAGAAAACCUGGACAUGGCGGACACACAACAGUGAUAUUAGUGUGUUUUUUUGCCACAGGCCUCAACUACAACAACAACAAUAGCAACAGCAACAACAACACACUGAACACCUAUUUUAGAAAUCCCUCUGCUUCUGGACAAUUUAAUAGCCAGCCAGCCAGCCAGUCAGCCAGGCUAACAACCAAGCAAGCAACCUAUCAUCAACCAGUGGAACACAAAGUACAAAAGAAUAAUAAAAUACUUACCUGA